ACAAUUCGCGGCGCCGUCGCCUGUAAUAUCCUUAAAUCUUUGCACUCUAGAUCGCUCCCUGUCACUCGUUAUAUUUCAAAUGGAUCAUCCCAGCGACGGAGUUCCUCCGCCAGAAAGCCUCCUCCUGACACCUCCCGAGCUCUUCGCCAUUGUCACCGAAGGCAUCUAUCGUUGCGCCUCUGUGGAAUUUAUAAAUCUAUCAUUUCUCAAAACUCUCCGCCUUCGUACAAUACUUACUCUAAACCCUGAACGUCCGACGAAACCGAUCCAAGCGCUCCUUGCCUCGUCCGAAUCAAAUAAUACCAACAACAACAACCACAAUAACAACGACAACAGCAAUCAUAGUAACAGCGCCAACAGUUGCAUUGAAUGGCGACAUACCUCCCUCCCACUCCACGCAUCUGGCGACGCCUGGACCGCACCACGGCACGAAAACACGGUGAAACGAUGGCGAGAAGCGAUUGCGGUGCUGGCCGAAGAGAGACGGCCCGUUCUUGUGGUUGACCCAGGCGGCAUGUUCUGCGGAGUGAUCCGCCGCGUGCUCAUGGGAUGGAACUUUACAAGUGUGAUUCUGGAAUAUCGAAGUUUUCUCGGAACAAAAGCGCGAUACGCAGUCGAAGAAUUCCUCGAGGCAGUCGACGUAGACGCUUUGCGGGAACCUUUUCAGUCAGGCUCAUCGACGACGACGACGACUACGUCAACCUCGUCUUCACCUUUGGCACGGUCGGCAGCAAGUAAUCCUCAGCAACACCAACACCAAGAAGCACAUCCUCAUGACCAAUCAGACAACCGUUUCUCUGAUCACGACGGGGAUGAGCACAACCAUAUCAAUGCUCAUAAUGUGGCUAUUGAUGAUAAUUAAGUACUCAAAAGCACCACGUCAGAAACACCACUAAGUUCCCACGCAGCUUCAACGCGAGAGACGACGCCAAACAAAGACUCGGAACAGGAUCUAUUCGAAUCCGAUCCGGCAGCAGACGCAAGAGGCGAAGACGAUUCUUUUCAGCAGUAACGAUACCCUUUACUCUACCAAGAUUAUUCCAUAUACCAUAUACCACU